AUGAAAAAAUUAUUAAAACGUAUUCAAUUAAUUCAUCGAACAAAUGAUGGAAAAUAUAAAAAAUUUUGGCAAAAUAUUGAUUUUAAUAAAAUGUUUACACUUGAACAUGUUUGGAAUGAUAUAAAUCAACAAUUUAUUUUAGGAUCAUCAAAUAAUAAAUAUAAAUUUUAUUGUUAUAAAACAAAUAAAUUAUUACCAACAUGGUAUCAUGUUAAUUUAUUGAAUGAUAAUGAUCAAAUAUUGAUUGAUGAAAGUGCACAAACAAAUAAACCAACAGUAAUAUCUACACCAACUAAAGCUGAAUGUUUUAAAAAUAUAUCGAAAAAGAAACAAUUAAAAGUAUCUAUUACAAAUCGAUCAUUUAUCAUUACCAAUAAAUAUUCAAUACCGAAUACCUUCUAUGAACAAUGGGAAGAAGUUAUGUUUUUUCGUGAUAAAGUAGCCAAAGUAUCUCUAAGAGAUAUGCUCGAAAUUCAAGAGCGUCUCGGAACGAAAAAUUUCACAAAAGCUUUACAAAAUGAUGAAGAAGUUGAGAAAGAUAAAGAUGAUGAUAAUGAACAAACAAUAAAUGAAACUAAAAAAUCAACAACUCUAAAUAAAAAAAUAUUGAAUCAACCAAUAUCAAAAUCAGAACCUAUUGAAAUGUCAUCAAAACGACGACCAUCAAAACGUGAUCAAGUUCCUGUUCAUAUGCGUGGUAAAAAAAGAAUUGUUGAUCCACGUUUUAAUGAACAAUUUGGUGAUUAUGAUGCUAAAGAAUUUCGACAAUCUUAUCAUUUUAUUACGGAUAUGCGACGAAAAGAAUUAAAUGAACUUAAAAAACAAUUGAAAGCAUGUCAAGAUCCAAAUGAAAAAAUGAAAUUGAAAACAGUCAUUAAUCGUCUUAAAUCUCAAGUUAAAAAUGUCGAUGAUUUAGAUCGAGUUGAAAAAAUUUCUAAAGAUAUACAAGAAAAAAGUGAACAACUUGCUAAUGAUGGUGAAUCUACACCGUAUAUAACUAAAGAAGUUCGUAAAGUAAUGAAAUUAGCAACGACUUAUACAGAUUUAAAGAAUACAGGACGAAUUGAUGCUUAUUUAAGUAAAAAACGAAAACGUUUAGCAAGCAAGAAAAAGAAACAAAUGCCAACAAGACGUGUCAACAACGAUGAAGAUGAAGAUGAUUAA